AUGUAUAAUAAAAUUAUCCUACUGAUAAUCUUAAGUAUUGUCAAUUUUUAUGAUAAAGUUAAUGGAUGCCUUCCUGUUAUAACAACACCAGCACCAAUAACAACAACUGUUUGUUGUCAACCUUUAACUAUUGCAUCACAUCCUAGAAUACCUGCUCCAGCUGGUACACCAGCUGCAAAUCUUGAUGAAUGUGCUAUGCUUAGAAGAAGUUCUGCAACGGUUUGUCCUGUAACAGCAACUCUUACAUGUACUAGAGCUACUGGUACAUCUACAUCUGAAAUAAUGUUACAACUUCUUAAUGGAAAUGCACUUAUUAGAAAUUUCCAAGGGACUGGAUCUAGUAUAACAGCAACAGUUAAUUGUGUAAAUGGACUAUGGACAACAACAAAUGCUGCUGGUGUUGUAACACCAUUUUCACAAAUCUCUUGUAGUCAAUUGACAGUUAGUGGAGGUGAUGUUGUUGAAAAUAUUCCAGCUACAGGACGUUAA